GGAUUCGAAGUUCUAUCGAAGAAGACCAACAACAACACAGAGUUGAGUGCAAAACCAGAUCUUUCUCUCCUUGUCCUUCUCCAGAUCUUCCUCAGACAUAUCAAAGGAAGUGAUGUUUUCUCUAAUGCAUGGAUUGUGGACUUACAUGUUCAGCAAAACUGAGUUCCAUGUCCUCAUUCUUGGUAUCGACAAAGCUGGCAAAACGACGUUCCUGGAGAAGUUGAAAACGAUAUACUCAAUCUCAGAAGGUCUCCCACAUGAUCGGAUUGUUCCUACUGUUGGCCUUAAUAUUGGUCGUAUUGAAGUCGCCAAUGCUAAAAUCGUCUUUUGGGACCUUGGAGGUCAGCCUGGUUUGCGUUCGAUUUGGGAGAAGUAUUAUGAAGAAGCACACGCAUUGAUAUAUUUGAUCGACGCAGCUUGCCCAUCCCGCUUUGAAGACUCAAAAUCCGCUCUAGAAAAAGCACUGCGGCACGAGGAUUUGCAAGGAGCGCCUCUUUUGAUAUUGGCAAACAAGCAAGAUCUCCCAAAUGCUGUCUCAGCUGAGGAGCUAGACCGAUACCUGGAUCUAAAGAAACUAGACGAAAGGGUGUACAUGUUUGAAGCAGCUUCUGGAUAUGAUGGGCGAGGAAUCAAAGAGAGUAUAGAAUGGCUGGUGGGAGUGAUGGAGAGAAGCAAAAGAACGGAAGCAUUAAGAGCCCGUGCAGGAUAUGUUCCUGUCCCAACUUCCUAGACUUGGAAAGGAGCGCUCACAAACUCAAUUCUCAAACCAACUAAACUGUUUUCUGUGAGAAACAUUUGUAGAUAAAAAAAAAAAAAAAAAAAAAAGGAAUGGACCAGAAUCGUGCAAUGUUUUGUGUUAGCAGCAGAUCACAUGAUAAGUAGGGCUAGUAAUAUCAUUAUUAUAUUGCCUUUA